AUGCUUAACUGGAACUUGAAUCUCCUUCACUCUGAUCUGAUAUUUGGAUCUGCUUCCAUCGAUGGUUUUAUAGUGUUGUAUAUAGUGCGCCUUAGAUUGGGGAAGGAGAAGCAGAAGAAAGAAGGGAAGAGGUUAUCAGCUCCCACCUCAAUCUUCGUCACCGGUUUCAUCCUCUUUAACCAUGCCACAGAGAGCCUCGAAAGUUCUUUCAUCGAAGUUGAGCCACCUUGGGGUGAUUUUCCGGUGACUAGAGCUGCUGCUGAGAUCUUUACCAUGGUUGAAGUCUUCGCUUUGGCUUCUAUGAACAGAUCUCCCUCAGAAACUUGGCGGUGUAUAGUUGUCAGAGAUAUAGAGGAAGAAAAGAUUCAUGUUGAUAAUAGCUGCAGCCUGCAAGAACCUUCCAUGUUCGUUAGGGAUUGUGGUUAA